GAAAAAAGUAAUAUGGCGAAGCAUUUGAGCGCAAAAAUCGGACCGUCGAUUUUAAAUGCUGAUUUGGCACAACUUUACGAAGAAUCUCAAAAGUUACUUGACAAUGGCGCGGAUUACUUGCACUUGGAUGUAAUGGACGGUCACUUUGUUCCUAAUCUUACGUUCGGUCAUCCUAUUGUAAAAUGUCUUCGUAGUAAAAUAAAAGAUGCCUUCUUCGAGACACAUAUGAUGGUAUCUAGUCCAGAGCAAUGGAUCGAGCCUAUGGCUGAUGCUAGUGUGGAUCAGUAUACAUUCCAUGUUGAGCCAGUAGAAGAUGUGCCUCUAAUCUGUAGAAAAGUAAAGGAAGCAGGAAUGAAGGUUGGUGUAGCGCUUAAACCAGGGACACCUGUAGAUGUGAUAACAGAUUAUGUCGAUCUAGCCGAUAUGAUUUUAAUAAUGACUGUGGAACCUGGCUUCGGUGGACAGAAAUUUAUGGAACCAAUGUUACAGAAAGUCGCAUGGUUAAGAGAGAAUUAUCCUGGAUUAGAUAUAGAGGUUGAUGGUGGGGUUGGACCAACUACAAUUGAAGCCUGUGCAAAGGCUGGUGCUAACAUGAUUGUAUCUGGCACAGCUGUCAUAGGUUCCACUGAUCAAGCUAAAGUUAUUACAACUCUUAGAGAUACAGUAAAUUGUUAUUUGGGUCAUAAUCAUUCAAAUAGCAACAACAAUUAAGACUUUUGUUAAU